AUGAAGGCCCCCACGGCGGUCCCCAGGGCGGUCCCCAGGGCGGUCCUGGAGGUCCUGGCGGCCCUCACGGCGGUGGCCCUGGUGGUCCUCAUGGUGGUCCCGGAGGUCCCGGCGGCCCUGGAGGAUUCGGUGGUCCUCAUGAAGGUCCUGGUGGCCACGGAGGCCCUCACGGCGGCGGCCACGGCGGUCCUGGUGGUCCUCACGGCGGUCCUGGCGGCCCCGGUGGCCCUCACGGAGGCCCCGGCCGUUUCUAAAGCCCUGACGGACUACAACUCCGAGUACCGCAGAUGA